AUGAUCACUAGAGGGAAGACCGGUGUCUUCAAGCCAAAGGCCUGGAUUGCUGAGCUUGUCACUGACCUUACUCAAACUAAACCAUACACUGUCUCUCAAGCCCUGUCAGUUCCACAAUGGAGAGCAGCGAUGGUUGAAGAACUUGCAGCCCUGCAGCGCACAAACACUUGGACAUUAGUCCCACAUACCUCUGCUACCACUAUUGUUGGAUGCAAAUGGGUUUACUGUUUAAAACGUGAUGCACAAGGGUCUAUUCAGCGGUACAAACCACGCCUUGUUGCCAAAGGUUCUCACCAGAACCCUGGAUUUGAUUACUUCGACACUUUCAGCUCUGUUGUCAAGGCCUCUACUAUCAGAAUUAUCCUCACACUGGUAGUAUCAAAUCGUUGA